AUGGCGAUGACUGGAUUUGUCUCAGCGCAAAGUGAGAAAUGGGGAUGGUCUGGGUCUGGACACGGAUAUGGAGGACAAUUCAACUGUUCUGGAGCCUCGAAUGUCAGUCUGGAAUGGCAUGCGCCGACGAAAUACUAUGUCAACGACUUGUCGACUGUCAUUAACGGAACUGGAGUCUAUGGAUUCAUCUUAAAUUCCAGCCAGGGACCGCUGAAUACGUAUAACUGGUGCAACAUGCCACACACGAAUCCGAAGACGUACCCGAAAGCGGAUCAGGAAUAUAAGUUGGAAUAUGUGGAAGUUAUCCAUCGACACCAUAAGCGGACGCCUUAUGCGGAUAACACUUUCCCCAAGGAAGGGUAUGCCUGGUCUUGCAGUGACGAGGGACUCUUCUAUGGAGGGAAACCGAUUAAUCCGUAUGGGAAUGAUUCUUCGGCGACGUAUUGGGAUGUCUACACUUCGAGCUCGAAUCCCUUUCCGCCGCAAGGGUUCAACGGCACGUGUCAGUUCCCACAGAUUACGAGGGGAGGUCUGGAUGAUAGCCACCAGCACGGCGCUGAUCUCAAGGCGGUGUAUUCGGACAUGCUGAAGUUCAUCCCAAGCGGGUACGACCCCAAGUCGGUAUCUUAUCGUGUCACGAACAAUGUCAUUACCUCGCAGGUGGCUAGUAUGCUCAUUGCUGGCAUGUAUCCGGCGCGCAAGAACGCGGACACGCCACUCUUGAUCCAACCCGACAGCAUCGAUUCACUGGAGCCGACAUACUCUUGCUCGUAUGCUUCUAACCUCUUCAGCUCGUACGGCUCCGGCAGCACGGCUCCAGCCUGGCAAGAGCACUUGAAGGAUGCUCAAAGCCUUUACAAUCGCCUGGAUGCUCUGUCUGGGGUCAGUCCAACGGCAUCAGCAUGGCAUGUCAGCUUCGACCACUACUUCGACAACCUUUCUGCUCGCUUGUGCCACAACAAGCCCUUGCCCUGCAACAUCAACAACACCAGCGACUGCGUCAGCCAGGCCGAAGCAAACGAGGUCUUCAGACUAGGAGAGUACGAGUACAGCUUCAUCUACCGAGACUCGAGCCAGUCAUUGCCUGCCAGCGUAGGCAGCUAUGGAGUCUGGAUGGGCGAACUCGCUCAAAAUAUUCGCCAUGCGAUGGGCAAUGGAACCUCGUCGACUGGCAACGCAACGGCAUCCAGCAUCAAAUACAGGCACAAUGUAGCGCAUGAUGGGUCCCUGUCGCGUCUACUCUCGAUCUUGCAGCUUGAUCGCAUGGUCUGGCCAGGAAUGGGCGCUGAAGUUGUGUUCGAGUUGUACAGCAAGAGGGGCUGCUACUACCUGAGAGUACUCUGGGGAGGCCAGAUCCUGCAAUCCAGUAACCCGACUUUUGGAAAAAUGGAUAUGAUUCCCAUCUCUACCUUCCUGGCGUAUGUUGAUGGGCUGGUGGGAGUUGGGGCCAAGAAGGUGCCGGGCAUCUGCUCGCAGUAG